CUCACUUCACUUGAGUAUCUCAAAUCUGAAGAGAGAGAGAGAGAGAGAGAGAGAGAGAUGGGGUGGGCAAUAGCACUUCACGGCGGCGCAGGUGACAUCCCGCUCUCUCUUCCACCUGAGCGCCGCCUGCCUCGCGAGGCCGGCCUCCGCCACAGCCUCCACAUCGGCGUCGUAGCUCUCAAAGCCAACACCCCACCUUUGGACGUCGUUGAGCUUGUGGUUAGGGAGCUAGAGAACAUUCCACACUUCAAUGCUGGAAAGGGGUCAGUGCUAACCACAGAUGGCACAGUUGAAAUGGAAGCUUGCAUCAUGGAUGACAAAAAGAGAUGUGGAGCUGUUUCUGGACUCACCACUGUUGUCAAUCCCAUCUCUUUAGCACGAUUGGUCAUGGAGAAAACUCCUCACAUUUAUCUUGCUUUUGAUGGAGCAGAAGCCUUUGCUAGGGAACAGGGUGUUGAGACACUAGAUUCGAGUCAUUUCAUUACCCCGGAGAACGUAGAAAGGCUCAGUCAGGCAAAAGAAGCCAAGAGAGUUCAGAUUGAUUAUACACAACCCCUUCACAAAGAUGAGAAGAAAGAAACACCAGACGCUGAUGGUGAUAGUAAACUUGGGACUGUUGGAUGUGUGGCUGUUGAUAGUUUCGGAAAUUUAGCUUCUGCAACUUCCACUGGCGGAUUAGUCAACAAGAUGGUUGGCCGGAUUGGGGACACACCCAUCAUUGGUGCAGGGACAUAUGCCAACAAUCUCUGCGCAGUUUCUGCUACUGGCAAAGGCGAAGCAAUUAUUCGUGGCACAGUUGCAAGGGAUGUGGCAGCUCUUAUGGAGUUUAAAGGUGUUUCUCUCAAAGAAGCAGCAGCUUAUGUCGUGGAGGAGGGUACUCCAAAAGGCAAUGUAGGGCUGGUUGCUGUGUCUGCCGCAGGGGAAGUCACGAUGCCUUUCAAUACCACCGGUAUGUUUCGAGCUUGCGCUACUGAGGAUGGGUAUUCGGAGAUUGCAAUAUGGCCUAAUUCUGUGGAAAAUUGAGCGGAUAAGCAUUGACUAUGUGGUCUCAUUGCUUGAUUUACUGAAAUUGUAGAAUUGUCGUUUUCCACACCAUGAUGACUUACUUAAAUUGCGACAUUGUCUACUUUCAUGAGGUAUGACUAGCAAAUUCACCCUAUAAAAUGUUGUGAUUCUUGUGAAUUAGAUUAAUUAGUUACACGAUUAA